AUGGCCUCAAGCGACCCAUACAAGGACAAGAACCAGGAUGAGCCUGGCACCGCGCAGAAGAUCGAGGAUCUGUCUAGCUUUGUCAAGAGCAGCAAAUUCGGCAUGAUGACCACACGCUCGGGCGAACUGCUGGCUAGCCGAGCUAUGGCUGUCGCCGGUCAGGAAGCCGACGGUCUCGACCUCAUCUUCCACACCAACAACCAAUCCGGCAAGACCGACGACCUGUCCUCCGACCCACACGUCAACGUCUCCUUCAUCAACGCUUCCGGCGAAUGGGCUUCCAUCAGCGGUCUCAAGGCUUGGCUUGGUGACCUGGGAGAUGGCAAGCACGACGGCUCAGAAAACGAUCCUCGCAUUGGUGUGAUCAAGGUCGAGGCCAAGACUGCGACGUAUGCUCUGGCGAAGGGCACCAUGGUUGGGCGAGCGAUUGAGGUUGUUAAGGGUGCGGUUACGGGUGAGACUGCUAAUGUGAAUAAGCUAAGGGAGAUCUCGGAGCAGGAGAUCAAGCAGCAUCGUGGCAAGUAG